UCGCCGUCGCUGCCGCCGCCGUCACCGUCGACAGAGCAGAGCGAGCGAAAGAGCUUGGUCUUCCUUCCGUUCCGCGCCACGUCGUGCCGUGCCGUGCUGUGCCGUGCCGUGCUGGCCGUGUCACCGUGCAGUGGUCGUGUCAACGUAGCAAUCGCGUAGCGGAGGCAGCGUAUUCUCGGUCGUCGCGACGUCGUGGAACACGCGGGGCCAGGCGAGAACGAGAGAGAGAGAGAGAGUGAGAAAGGAAGAGAGAACGUAAACCGCGAGGGAGUUCGCGAGCAGUACACUCGGCGUUCACGUCGCUGCGACAAGACUCCGCGGACAGGACUCGAGCCACCGCUUUUCCUCCUUCCCCUCGGCCGCCAGUUUCCCGCCCGGCGCGAACAUGAAUGAGGAGUACGACGCGAUCGUCCUCGGCACCGGCCUGAAGGAGUGCAUCCUCUCGGGCAUGCUCUCCGUCAGCGGCAAGCGGGUGCUGCACAUCGACCGCAACAAGUACUACGGCGGCGAGUCGGCCUCCAUCACGCCCCUCGAGGACCUGUUCAGCAAGUUCAAGGCUCCAUCGCCGGACGAGAGCUACGGCCGCGGUCGGGAUUGGAAUGUUGACUUGAUACCCAAAUUCCUGAUGGCAAAUGGUCUUCUCGUCAAGCUGCUCAUUCACACGGGCGUGACACGUUACUUGGAGUUCAAGUCGGUCGAGGGCUCGUAUGUGUACAAGUCGGGCAAGAUCUCGAAGGUGCCGAUCGACCAGCAGGAGGCCCUGUCCAGCGACCUGAUGGGCCUGUUCGAGAAGCGGCGGUUCCGCAGCUUCCUCAUAUGGGUGCAGAACAUGCAGGAGGACGAUCCUAAGACGUGGGAUGGCUUCGAUCCCUUCAACAACACAAUGAGCGCACUGUACAGCAAGUUCAGCCUGGAUAAGAACACGCAGGACUUCACUGGACACGCGUUAGCGUUGUACAGGGAUGAUGACUACAUAGGCCAAACCGCGAUAACCACCAUCAGAAGAAUUAAACUAUAUAGUGAUAGUUUAGCGCGAUAUGGAAAAUCGCCGUAUCUCUAUCCAAUGUAUGGUCUGGGUGAACUUCCCCAGGGAUUCGCCCGUCUUAGCGCUAUUUACGGCGGCACAUACAUGCUGGACAAGCCGAUUGACGAAAUCGUCAUCAAGGACGGCAAGGUGGUCGGCGUCCGUUCCGGCGAUGAGGUAGCUCAAUGCAAACAAGUUUUUUGUGAUCCCACGUACGUAUCUGAUCGCGUGAAGAAGGUCGGUCAAGUGAUAAGAUGCAUAUGUCUCAUGGAUCAUCCUAUACCAAGCACAGCUGACGCAUUGUCUACGCAAAUCAUCAUUCCUCAGAAGCAGGUUGGUCGUAAUUCUGACAUAUACGUGUCUCUCGUGUCGCACACUCACCAAGUCGCGGCAAAGGGCUGGUUCAUCGCCAUGGUCUCGACCACGGUGGAGACAAAGAAUCCGGAGGUCGAGAUCAAGCCCGGCCUGGAUCUGCUCGGCCCGGUCAAGCAGAAGUUUAUCAGCAUCUCCGAUUACAUGGUGCCGGUGGACGACGGUCUCAACAGCCAGAUAUUCAUAUCCACCAGCUACGACGCUACCACGCACUUCGAGACCACCUGCUUAGACGUGCUCGACAUAUUCAAGCGCGCCACCGGCGAGGAGUUCGACUUCAACAAGGUCAAGCACGAACUCGGCGAUGAGGAUCAGUAACCGUAAUCACGGAAUGCGCGCGUGCAUGUACAUCACACGACAUUAUCGGGGAAAUCAAAGCGCCCAGUGUAUUUGCGUAUUCGAGUAGAAAGGAAAAAACCAUCGCUCGACGAUUGCCGACCGCGUCGGCAUGCGACAGUGUCUCAAGGCAGAUGUCCCACGGAACAAGUCACGCUGCGAGCAGACCUGUGCCUAAUUAUGUAGGUUUCUCUUUGAUAGAGAAUGAAAAACGGAAGGCAAAGCUGGCUAAAAAUCUCUCUAUCAAACUUCUCUCUGUUUCACUACCCUCCUCAUCCUGUUCCUACACGACAGAGUCUUGUCCGAAGCGCACGAAUUCUCCACACUCACACGGAAAAGAACUCUCGGACUCUAUUUCUACGAUUUCGGACACCGGAUUAUAUAAGGUUAGAUCCUCUUAUAAAUUUAUAUUUUACACGAAACAUGAAUCCAAUCUGCCAAUACAGAUUUAAACGGAGAUGAAUAAUAAAGAAAGGAAAUAAAGGUAA